AUGAGCGCGAAGAAGGUCGGGCAGGCGGUGCAGGCGGACUGGGACAACCGCGAGUUCGUGGAGUCGCUGCGACUCAACAUCCAUCGCAUCUACACCUUCGUCAACGACUUCGAGGCGAGUGCCAAGGGCCGGCUAGCAGCUCUGAACAGCAAACUGACUUCACUGGAGCGACAGCUGACUUACCUGGAAUCUCAGGUGCUCUCUGCUGAUAGGGCAGGCGAGAGUGUUGGUCGCGGUGAGGCUUGUGGACCUGGCGGGAUUCCAUGGGCAGGUGAAAGUUCAGAAACAGGUGGUAGAGUAGAAUCAGGGGCAGGGAGGGAGGGAGGCCGAGGAGAUGAAGCGGCCGGGUCAGUGGCAAGGAGGGAUUGA